AAUCUGUAUUUUUUAGCUGUUAAUUGACAAAGUGAGAACGUUGGUGGCAAGAUUCAUAUUUUCUCGCACUUUCUCGACAAGCAAACAGCGGGUGGAAACGAAAUUAGAGACCUGAAUUUACAGGUCCAAUGGCGGAUACGGUCUCAGCACCACCUAGAUCUGCCAAUGACCUCUUCGCAGACCCGCUCGACGGUCAUCCCCUCUGGUUCAAGCCCGAGCUCUUUCUGUCUCCCAAUUUCGAUUCUGAAUCUUAUAUAUCCGAGCUCCGAACCUUCGUUCCCUUCGACACUCUCCGAUCCGAGCUCCACAGCCACUUGUCAUCUCUGAAUCACGAGCUUAUCGACCUGAUCAACCGCGAUUAUGCGGACUUCGUUAAUCUUAGCACCAAGCUUGUUGACGUGGACUCCGCCGUCGUGCGUAUGCGGGUUCCAUUGGUGGAACUAAGAGAUAAGAUCGAGCAGUUCAGGAGCUCUGUGGAGGGCGCCCUUGUGGCUUUGAAGAAUGGGUUGAAGCAGAGAUCGGAUGCUGCCUCCGCCAGAGAAGUCUUGGAGCUUUUGCUCGAUACUUUUCAUGUAGUCUCUAAGGUUGAAAAACUGAUAAAAGAGCUACCAAGUGUGUCGGCUGAUUGGUCAAAUGGAGAUGUAAAUUCAACAGAGAAGAACUUAACGAGCAAUGGGACUUCCCUACAGCACGUUGAAAGUGGAACAAGUUUGAGAGAAACUCAAAGCAUGCUUUUGGAGAGAAUUGCUAGUGAGAUGAAUAGGCUAAAGUUCUAUAUAGCUCAUGCGCAGAACCUACCUUUCAUUGAGAACAUGGAGAAGAGGAUUCAGAGUGCUAGCUUAUUAUUAGAUGCUAGCUUGGGGCACUGUUUUGUAGAUGGGCUGGAACACCGAGAUGCAAAUGCAAUUUACAAUUGCUUGAGAGCAUAUGCUUCCAUUGAUAACACUAAAAGUGCGGAAGAAAUUUUCCGUACAACCAUUGUGGCACCAUUGAUACAGAAAAUUAUUCCGUAUGGACCAUCAACAGUGGCUACAGGGUCAAAUGAACUUGAAAGUGAUUACCUACAGAUCGAUCAAUGCAUUGAUAGAGAUUGCAAAUUUUUGUUGGAAAUUUCUUUUGAAGAAAAUUCAGGUUUGCAUGUAUUUGAUUUCCUGGCCAAUUCUAUCCUUAAAGAAGUUCUCACUGCAAUCCAAAAGGGAAAACCUGGUGCCUUUUCUCCUGGAAGACCCACAGAAUUCUUGAAAAAUUACAAAGCAAGCCUAAAAUUCUUGUCUCAUCUUGAAGGUUACUGUCCAUCCAGUUCUGCUGUUACUAAAUUUCGAGCUCAAUCUGUCUAUAAUGAAUUUUUGAAGCAGUGGAAUAUUGGGGUUUAUUUCUCUUUGAGGUUUCAGGAAAUUGCAGGUGCUCUGGAUUCUGAACUUGUGGUUACCAGCCUUGUUCCUGUUCAGGAUUCACAGUCUGGUCAGGGAAAUUCUCGAGUUUUGACCUUGAAACAAAGUGUUGCUUUGUUGAAUUGCAUGGAAUCCUGUUGGAGAGAAGAUGUUCUUGUCCUUUCUUGUUCUGACAAGUUUCUUCGAUUAUCCUUGCAGCUUCUCUCAAGAUACUCAAAUUGGCUAUCAGUUGGACUGGCUGCUCGUAAGUCUGGUAACAGUGCAAGCUCCAACAGUGGAUGUGAAUGGGCUAUUAGAGCUGUCCCAGACGAUUUUAUUUAUAUUAUUCACGAUAUUAAAUGUUUGGCAACUGAGGUUUCUGGAGAUUACUUGCAAAAUGUUCUUCAGCUUCUUUCCUUGUGCUCUAGUGAUGUUCUUGCUCUUGUAAAACAGAGCAUUUUACACGGUGGAAAAUCCUUGAAUGAUUUAGUGCCUUUAGUUGUCAGCACUAUUGUUGAGACACUAGUUGAGAAGUCUGUUCAGGAUUUGAAACAGUUAAAGGGGAUAACUGCAACUUACAGGAUGACGAAUAAACCUAUUCCAACCAGGCACUCACCUUAUGUUUCAGGAGUACUGCGUCCCUUGGAGACUUUUCUACGUGGAGAGCGAGCUGCUAAGUAUUUAACCAGCGAAAUAAAGAAGGAGCUGCGCGAUAGUGCUGCAGCAGAGAUUACCAGUCGUUAUUAUGAUUUAGCUGCUGAUCUUGUUAGUGUGGCUAGGAAAACAGAGUCUUCACUUCAGAGAAUACGACAAGGUGCACAACGACGUGCUGGUGCAAGCUCAGACAUCUCGGAACACAAUGUGUCUGACACUGACAAGAUCUGCAGGCAGUUGUUUCUUGACAUCAAUGAGUAUGGCACGAAGCUUGCUGAACUGGGUGUUGUUCCAAAGGAAAUGUCAGCUUACCGCUCCCUGUGGCAAUACGUAGCGCCACCGGGUGAGGAAAGUGUUGUUGAUUUUGAGGUGGCCAAUUGGCUUUGAUCGAGCCCUUUGUAGAUAUCCGAUUUGCCCUUUUGAGUUGGUUCUUAUAAUAUGUUUGAUUUACUUAUAAUUUUGUAAGCUAUAGUUUGUUCUUAGAUAUUCUUAUUUCAUUUUUUUUACAAUAUGGGAAGCAAUUUUCUUGCCUUGUACUACUGAUCAUGGAAAAAAAAAAUACAAAAUAAGGGUUCUAAAUCA